AUGUCGGUUCACUACAUAUCAGUGGCAAUGACCGCUUACUGCUGUACUCUAGUACUGUUCUUGUCUGUUUCUCUCAAUGCUUCUCAAGACUUCAUUGACUGCUUCACUUCUCACAGGAAUGUGCGUGUAACUUGUGUGAAGCCAGCGGAGAAAAGAUCUCUGUUAUCUGCUUCUCAAUGUGAGGAGCUGUGCCUCACAUUGCCAAAAGUAUGUAGAACGGCAUUAUUCGAUGCAAUUGAAAAUACUUGCGAAAUUUUUUCUUCUCCUCCGUUGCUUGGAUUGGAUCCAGACAAGAGCAGGCGUCGACAAUAUCGCGAUGUUAACACUGUAUCUGCAGAUAAGGAAAAAUGCGCUCCUGCUCUGCAACCAUCCAUAGGAUGCACUUAUCUUAUUCCGAGAGAGGAAUGUUUUGAGGAUCCGAAGCUGUCAAAUUACCCGUCAAUUGGAAACAUGUCUCCUACUGAGGAAAAAUCAGUUAGUGGAGGACGCGAACAACGUUUGGAGCAGAAGCCGCCUCGAGAUCCGUUUUCGGCGAUACCAGUGGAGGUGGUGCUCCCAAUUGUACCAGACUGCCCUAUAGGAGAGAAGGCCCGAGUGCAGAUCAUAGAUGGAGUGGAGGUAAAAGAUCGCCUAGUCACAAGUAAUCAUGACUUUUGCCUAGAUUCAGGUUGUGUCGUCGACAUCGGUCACAUUUAA